GCGCAAAUUUGUUUCAAAAGAACGGUACAGUCAGGAGCAGCAAACUUGAAGAAAACAUGGCAUCUUCGUUUUAUGGAAAUACUUCUACUGCCACAACUCCAGUGGCAAAAAAAAGAGCCAAGGUUCUAAAUCCAACACCACCGCCACGUAAAAACUCAACCAAAUGUGCUUCACGAAGCCCUGAUGUGAUGUUUGGAUUACAGCAACAGAAUGAAAGUUUAGAGGAAACUUCAUUUGAGGAAGAAAAUAAUGCUUCACCACGGAUGUUGCGGGCUCUCACUAACGUUAAUGAUGCACUGAGAAAGAGGAUUUCAUUGCUGGAAUCUCAAAUUCAGAACAACAAUGUAAGAAUAGAAAAUGUGGAAAGUUCACUUGUAGAUGUAAACAAUAAAUGUGCGAAUCAAUUUGAUGAUUCAAAAAAAGGGAAAUUGCCACCAGAAUUAACUCAACUUGUUCGAAAUGCAUACAGAAGUAUAAAGGAUGAGAGUACUUGGAAUUUUUUAGAGAGAUUUGACUCCAUACACAACAGUAGAAUAACUAAUUUGAUUUGCCAAAUUGUAAAAGACAGCAACGAAAAUCCCUAUGCUCCAUCUUUAAUGCACAAGUCGUGUAGCAGAUAUUAUUCUACCCUGAAACGAAAAGAAAAGGAGGAAGAUAAUGAUAGAAAUAGUGAAUUAAAACGUAAAAGAAGGCGCACAACUCGUCGGCACCGGUUAUACCGCCAACGAUCAAAAUACGUGCCACGAGAUAAAGCCGACAUCUGGAUGUUAUGUAAUGCCGAAAUAAUGAGUGACGAACAUUCAGAUAAUGAAGCAGAAGGAUAUGUACAUCCACCGAAGUUCAGAAGUGAAGAAGUCACUGAACUGCUUCACUUUAUUGAUAGUAAACGCUUGGGUAAAGAUGAAUUGGAUGCAAGAAUACCUGGAAGUUACUCAGAUCGGGAUAUAAGGGCAAAGGUUGACCCACUGUUGUUAGCAAAUAAUAGAUAAUGUUUUUAAAACGUGAUUUU